ACGUGCAUAUUUUUCCCAAAGUACUAUCCACAUUACUACCAAAAAGUUAAUUUGGAGAAAAGUUCAAAUUGCCUCCCAAAUGUUUUUAAAGGCCCAUAUUGAUACAGAAACACUGAAUAAUUAUUUAUAUUCGUUAAGGAUAAGUUGAUUGUCAAAGUCAAGAAAAAUGUUAAGGUUUGAAUAAACCACGUAUGUAUAUUGGUCCCGUGUGGCUCAGUUGGAAGAGCAUGGCGCCUGCAACGCCAGGGUUGUGGGUUCGAUUCCCACGGGGGACCAGUACAAAAAAGUAUGAUUGUAUGUACUUGUAAGUCGCUCUGGAUAAGAGCGUCUGCUAAAUGACUUAAAUGUAAAUGUAUUCCAACAUAUGCCUCAGGGGUCAAAAUGACCCCAGUUGGUAGCUUGAGAGUUAACAUAUUUAUUAAUUUGUAAAUUCAUUAUUUCAUUGAUUGAUUAAUUCACUUUCCAGUUCACAGAGCCAUCUUCAAUACACAGGCAAGCCCAAUAAACAGCUUCUGAGUUUACAUGUCUGUACUGAAUACUCAGGGCGAAAAAGGUGUAGAUUCACGCGCAGAGCGCGGCAGGUGAUUAUUUCGCCUUCGCAGAAGGCAGGAAUCGUGGUCAUACACAGAUAGGCAAACAGACAGGCAAUGGUCAUACACAAACAGGCAGGCAAUGGUCAUACACAGAUAGGCAAACAGGCAGGCAAUGGUCAUACACAGAUAGGCAAACAGGCAGGUGUAACAGUAUAACUUUACGUCGUCCCCUCGCCCCGACACGGGCGCGAACCAGGGACCUUCUGCACACAUCAACAACUGACACCCACGAAGCGUCGUUACCCAUCGCUAAACAAAAGCCCGGCCCUUGCAGAGCAAGGGGCAACCCUACUUAAUGUCUCACAGCAAGUGACGUAACUGAUUGAAAUGCUACUAGCGCGCACCCGCUAACUAGCUAGCCAUUUCACAUCCGUUACACUGGCAAUGGUCAUACACAGAUAGGCAAACAGGCAGGCAAUGGUCAUACACAGGCUGGUGAAUCAAAACUGGGGUUGAAGACCAUAACUGGUUCUUACAAACGAGCUAGGAAAAGGCUGAUGAGACCAGAACUGGAUGUCUUUGGGGUGGCUCUGUACUCCAUGCUGACCCUCAUGUCUACACUGUCCCUGCUACUAUACCUGGAGGAGUGUGUGUUUAUCUAUAGAAAAGUCCCGUCUCCCAAGAAGACAACUAUUAUGUGGGUAAAUGGAGCUGCACCGGUCAUUGCUACCAUGGCUUGUUUUGGUAUGUGGAUCCCAAGGGCAACCAUGUUUACAGAUAUGACCUCUAAUUCGUACUUUGCAGUGGUGGUGUAUAAGGUCUUAAUUAUGCUGAUAGAGGAGAGUGGGGGUAGCGAGACCUUUCUGAAGCGCAAUUACAAGAAAACCUUCAAGAUCAGUACAGGACCGUGCUGCUGCUGCUGUCCUUGCCUGCCCCGCGUUCCGGUCACACGGCGUAUGUUAUUCCUGCUGAAGCUGGGGGCUCUUCAGUAUGCUAUAUUAAAGACACUUCUCUCAAUCCUCUCCAUAAUAUUGUGGACCAACGGCAACUUUGAUCUUUCUGAUAGUGAGAUCACAAACACGGCGAGUUGGAUCAACCCAUUUAUAGGGGUUCUCACCAUCAUCUCCCUUUGGUCUGUCGCCAUCAUGUUCAUGAACACAUGCAACACACUGCGUAGCGUCAGGAUCAUACCUAAGUAUGCCAUGUACCAGCUGGUGCUGGUGCUUAGUCAGCUGCAGACGGCCAUUAUUAACGUCCUGGCCUUGGAUGGAACCAUUGCCUGCUCCCCGCCCUUCUCCUCUAGAGCCCGUGGCACCAUGUUGAGUCAGCAGCUAAUGAUUGUGGAGAUGUUCAUCAUCACCCUGGUCACCCGGGCGUUGUACCGCCGCACUUAUGACCCACUGCCCUCCGACCCCCACGAGACUGACAACGACCAGAACACCAAUAUCAGCCUGCAGGCACCACAGUGGGAGCAUGCUGCCUGAGAGAUUGUGGUGGAGUGAAUAGAGAGAGAGAGUGUUGUGUGUGUGUGUGUGUGUGUGUGUGUGUGUGUGUGUGUGUGUGUGUGUGUGUGUGUGUGUGUGUGUGUGUGUGUGUGUGUGUGUGUGUGUGUGUGUGUGUGUGUGUGUGUGUGUGAGAGAGAUGUAUCAACAGGCUUUAAUAACCUCACUACCAAACAAAUAUUAAUUUACACUAGCUAGGUUUCCAUCCUGUUGGCGACAGAUUUUCAUGCGAAUAUUCUAAAAUAUGCAGAAAUCCAAUUUCUGAAUUUCUGAAUUUUCCCACCAGAGAUGUGUUUCCAUCAAAUUGACUUGUUGUAGAUAAAAGUAUGUGCGUGAUAAAAUACUGCUACUAGUGCAAAUACAAAUGACUUUUAAGCGUAAAUUCCCAUAUACCGAAUAAAAAAUACAAGUUAAAUGGGUUUCCAUCGCGUUUUCAACUAUACUGAUGGCUUUGUCACAAUAGAUAUUGUGUUAUAUAGCGAAUGUGCCCACUCUGGUAUUGGCACGUGCGCUCUAGCCAACAGCUCGUUCGGGUAUAGCCUAAAUUAUGAGAUUAUUAUGGACAAAAGAACAAGAUUAUUUGUAUUUGUCAAAUGGCAGUCAAGCAUCGAUCAUGAUGUCACCAGAAUAAGACCCCCGAUAUUCAUUGUAAUGGAGCAUCAAGCUCAUUACUAUGGCCUUUCACCACAGACAGAGACACAGACCAGACAGGGUUGGAGGGCAUUUCGGUAGAAUGCGUUCAGUUGUGCAACUGACUUGGUAUCCCCUUCCUUCUUUUCCACCCUGUGACAGGCCAACUCUAAAGUUGGAACUACAUCUGUCACAGUAUAAAAGAAGAUGUCUGUUCUAUUUCAGUCAGUUCCCUGCUUUACCCUGCGUGGUGAUACAGUGAACCCGUAUAUACGAAAAUUGCAUUUACCAUUUAUCACUUGUGUUAAAUAAAUAUAAUUAAAGUAUA